AGAAACUCCAAACCGGAUAAGAAGAAAAGAUACAAGCCAUGUUUCAAAGACCUGUUUUACAGGUACUUCGUCAAUUUGCAAGACAUUACUCUGAAGGAACUACCAGUUUAGUUCUUGAACGAUCUCUUAAUCGUGUCCAGUUACUUGGAAGAGUGGGUCAGGAUCCUGUUCUGAGACAGUCAGAAGGAAAAAAUCCAGUCACAAUCUUUUCUUUGGCCACAAAUGAGAUGUGGCGAUCAGGGGAAAGUGAGACAUCUCAGCAGAGUGAUGUCAGCCAAAGGACCACAUGGCACAGAAUAUCAGUUUUCAGGCCAGGCCUGAGGGAUCUGGCCUAUCAGUAUGUGAAAAAAGGGGCUCGAGUUUUUGUGGAAGGGAAAAUAGACUAUGGUGAAUAUGUGGAUAAAAACAAUGUGAGACGACAAGCCACAACAAUCAUAGCCGAAAAUAUCAUAUUUCUGAGUGACUACAUAAAAGAGAAGGAGUGAAAUGGACGACUCAUACAAGGCCAGUGUUGGAACAUCCUCGUUUUGAAAUCAUGUAUAAUCUUUGGAAUUGCUUUUGACAAGAAUUAAAAUACACUUCUACAUAUAUAUAUAAAA